CGAGCAUUGAAAAGCACAAUACGUUGACUGCAUAGACAUAACCUACAUUACGACAACAUGACUCGCUUUCGGCCUUGCAUCGAUUUGCAUGCCGGUCAGGUCAAGCAGAUUGUCGGUGGCACACUCAGCACGACCGAGUCAGAACUAAAAACAAAUUAUAUAUCCAAGCAUCCGUCCGAGUACUUUGCUAAACUAUACCGAGAUGCCAACUUGCUAGGAGCACAUGUGAUCAUGCUUGGUCCUGGAAAUGAUGUCGCUGCUAGAGAAGCUCUGAGAACAUGGCCGGGAGGUCUGCAGAUCGGUGGUGGCAUCACAGAUUCUAAUGCCAAAGAGUGGAUCGAAGCUGGAGCUGAAAAAGUCAUUAUCACAUCAUUCCUUUUUCCAAAUGGUAAAUUCUCCUUGGAGCGACUCGAAUCCGUGCUCUCGGCGUUGAACAAUGACAAGAGUAAACUGGUCAUUGAUCUGAGCUGUCGGCGGAAAGGUGACACUUGGUUCGUGGCAAUGAACAAAUGGCAAACGCUCACCGAGAUGGAGAUCACCAAAGACAACAUCAAGUUUCUCGAACCCUACUGUUCGGAAUUCCUCAUCCAUGCCGCCGACAAUGAAGGUCUCCAGCAAGGCAUCGACACGGAUCUAGUGGCCAGACUUGCCGAAUGGUGUAGUACCCCGGUCACAUAUGCAGGUGGUGCACGGACAGUAGCAGACCUUGAUCUUGUCAAUGAAUCGAGUCAUGGAAAGAUUGACCUGACUAUUGGAAGUGCUCUCGAUGUCUUUGGCGGCUCUGGCGCCAAGUUUGAAGACUGUGUCCAAUGGAACCAAGACCACGCCAAACAAAUAUGA